AAAUUAUGCUUGGUUUUCUCGUUUUUUUUAAAAUAAUAAACAAAACUUUUGUUCGACGAAAAGUGAAAUCUUCAUGAAAUAAUCUAAAAAAGACUUGUUUCAGAAUGGGAUUGUGGAAUGCGCUGGAUUCGUCACAGGAUAAGUAGAGUCGGAGAUGCUGAACGAGCUGCAGAGGCGGAUGAUCCUGAGUGAGAUCGAGGAGAUCAGUUGGAUGUCACCGGAAGAUGUUGACGUGGAAAUAUUGCUGAGCCCGGAGCAGUUUGAAGAGCUUGGAAUAAAUAACAGGGCAAUGAUGGUCCUCAAUCCGGUACACAUGGACACGGAGGCGGCCAAGCAGACGAUCCUGGAGCUAGUCGAAGAGGGGUACCCUGAGGCGCAGAUGGGUCUUGGAUUUAUGUACGCCACGGGCAUCGGGUUCAACGAGAGCCAUGCCAAGGCGCUGGUCUACUACAUGAUAGCAGCUUUGGGGAACAACUCGUAGGCUCAGAAAGCGCUCGAGUACCGGCCUGGCCCAGAGUUGGGGUACCGAUUAGUUGCGAAACGGCGCUGGAUUUCUACAAGAAGGUGGCAACGAAGGC